CUGCUCAGCCCAGCUCAGCCUUUUCCCAUUUUUCUUUCCUCCCCCCGCCCGCCCGCCUUCUCCUCUUUCCCCCCUUCUGCAAAGACCAUGUCAGCCCCGAAGAGCCGCCAGCCCGGGGACUUGCGAGCCUGCUGAGGAAAGGGGAGGAUGAAGAGGCGCCCCGGCUGCUCGGGGCCGCUCGUGCUGCUGCUGCUGCUGCUGCAACUCUGGACGCCGGACGCAGAAGCCGCGGCUUGCCAUGGGUGUUCAUCAGGAUCCAAAUGUGACUGCAGCGGAGCAAAAGGAGAAAAGGGCGAGAGAGGUUUCCCAGGUUUAGAAGGCCAGCCAGGUUUACCUGGUUUUCCUGGACCAGAAGGACCAGCUGGGCCAAGAGGCGAAAAAGGGGGUGAUGGACUUCCGGGACCAGGUGGACCCAAAGGAAUUCGAGGACCUCCAGGUCUACCAGGUUUUCCAGGAACGCCGGGACUUCCUGGGCUACCAGGUCAGGAUGGGCCCCCAGGAUCUCAAGGUAUCCCAGGAUGCAAUGGAACAAAGGGAGAUCGCGGCUACCCGGGCAAUGCAGGUUUAGCAGGUUUACCAGGCUCCCCUGGCCCCCCUGGCUUUCCAGGGAUGAAGGGUGAGCCAGGUGAAAUUAUCACUUCUCCACUACCAGGACAGAAAGGUGAUACAGGAGUUCCAGGUCUACCAGGACUACCAGGCCCGCCAGGUCCCACUGGACCACCAGGUCUGUUUGGUCCUCCCGGCCCACCAGGUUUGACGGGUCCUCCCGGUCAACCAGGAUUACAAGGCCCGAAGGGGAACAUGGGCUUGAACUUCCAAGGGCCCAAAGGAGAAAAGGGCGAACAGGGACUUCAAGGACCCCCUGGGCCACCGGGACAAAUUGGGGAACAGAAGAGACCAAAUGAUGUAGAAUUUCAGAAAGGAGAUCAGGGUGUUCCAGGUGACCGAGGCUUCCCAGGCCCUCCUGGGCAACCAGGUCCUCCUGGCUUUCCUGGUGGUGGCAAAGGUGAAAAAGGUGAGCAAGGAGAACCAGGCAAAAGAGGGAAACCUGGCAAGGAUGGAGAAACUGGACAGCCUGGCUUGAGUGGUUUGCCUGGUGACCGUGGUACACCUGGCUUUCCAGGAAGAGAUGGCGAAAAAGGUCAAAAAGGUGACGUUGGUCUGCCUGGUCCUCCUGGACGUGUAAUUCCAAGGCCAGAUACUGGUACGACGGUGGGACAAAAAGGUAGCAAAGGUUUGCCAGGCUUCUCUGGAGAAAAAGGCGAGCGUGGAUAUUCUGGCCGAGAUGGGCCCCCCGGCCUGCCUGGUCCCCCAGGGAUUCCAAGCGUGGGGCCUUCUGGUGCUCCUGGUCUACCCGGCGAGAGAGGACAGAAGGGAGAUCAAGGCCGCCCUGGGAUUUCCAUACCAGGGCAGCCUGGAAUUGAUGGACAACCUGGAUCCCCUGGCCCACCAGGACCUCCUGGACCACCAGGAACGAUUUUUCCACCCAUUGACCGGCUGUGUGAACGAGGCCCCCCUGGCCCCCCAGGGUCUCAAGGAGAACAAGGAUUUGGCGGGGAGAGAGGCCAGAAAGGCGAUAAAGGAGGCACCUGUUUCAACUGCAUAGGAACUGGCCUUAUCGGCCCUCCAGGAGAGAAGGGUGAACCAGGGUUACCUGGAAACCCAGGUUCUUCUGGUUUACCUGGACUAAAGGGUGAUAAAGGUUUUCCUGGCCUGAUUGGUGUUGCUGGGCCCCAAGGUCUCCCUGGCCAUCCAGGCCCCCCUGGACGUCCUGGUGCAAAAGGUGAUCCAGGUGACAUCCUGGCUUUCCCUGGAAUGAAAGGCGAAAAGGGAAAUCCUGGCUUCCCAGGCCCUCCAGGUCUGCCUGGGCAGGAUGGUUUUCGUGGACAAGAUGGUUUACCAGGGGUUCCUGGGCCCAAGGGAGAGCCAGGGGCCAUCGCUUUCAAAGGGGAUAGGGGGCCUUCUGGUGAUCCAGGCCAACCUGGGCUUCCUGGGGAUCGAGGGCUUCCAGGACCUCCUGGGUUUGGCCCCCAAGGUCCCCAAGGCGAGAAGGGCAUUCAAGGCGUUUCAGGACGUCCAGGAGCCCCUGGAGUACCAGGACCCAAAGGAGAACCUGGUCAAACUAUUACAGAACCAGGGCUGCCCGGUCUCCCUGGACCCCCAGGUAGAGACGGAGAAGUUGGCCUCCCAGGUGACUCUGGUCAACCAGGACAACCUGGAUUAUCAGGUAUCCCUGGCCAAAAAGGUGAACCAGGAUUACCUGGCAUUGGACUUCCAGGCCCACCGGGGCCCAAAGGUUUCUCUGGGAUGCAGGGUCUCCCUGGACCGCCAGGGAACCCUGGCAGAGCAGGACUUGAUGGACCACCUGGGCCGCCAGGGAUAGCCGGACAGAAGGGGGACCGUGGAUUUGGUGUCCCAGGACCUCCUGGGACACCCGGGACCCCAGGUUUUAAAGGCACACAGGGCCCCAAAGGUGAUAGCGGCUUUCCAGGAAGCCCUGGCAUUCCAGGACGUGGAGGUUUUGAUGGAACUCCAGGGCCAAAAGGUGACCCUGGGCCACGUGGUCAGCCUGGGUUGAUAGGACCACCAGGGGUCCCAGGAAUUGGUGGCCAAGGCCCACCCGGGGCCCCGGGGUCUCCAGGACCUGUGGGACCACCAGGGUUGAAAGGCAUAGGAGGUGAGAAAGGAGAUCCUGGUCCACCAGGAUUUGACAUUCCUGGCCCUCCCGGUGACAGAGGCACCCCAGGAUUCCGUGGAUCACCCGGUCUCCCAGGCCCUUCAGGUUUACCCGGAUCACCCGGCCGAGAUGGAUCUCCAGGAUUUCCAGGUGGCAAAGGCGAAAUGGGAAUGAUGGGAGCACCUGGUCCCCAAGGUUCUCUUGGCCCCCCUGGCAGAAAUGGCCUUCCUGGCCCCAAAGGCAGCGAUGGUCUACCAGGCCAGCCGGGCCGUCCUGGACCUGCAGGGCAAAAGGGCACCAGAGGUGAAACAGGUCUGCCUGGGCUUCCAGGAAAAGUCGAUAUAGACCUGUUGGGCUCUAAAGGCGAAAAAGGAGAGCCAGGAAGUCCAGGUAUUCCUGGCCUAACAGGGCAGAAGGGUUACCCAGGCCUCUCAGGUGACUCAGGACUUCCUGGAUCACCUGGGCAGCCAGGUGCACCUGGACUACCAGGCUCCAAAGGAGAUACAGGAUUUCCUGGGCCCCCUGGACCAACUGGACCCCCCGGAUUGAAAGGCAGCAGUGGCGAAAUGGGACUUCCAGGUCCCCCAGGCGUGAAAGGAUUGCAAGGCAUAGGAGGACGUCCUGGCCAGCCUGGUACGCCUGGGUUUCCUGGACUGAAGGGAGACAAAGGUGAUCCGGGCCUUUCAGACAUCGGGAUUCCAGGUCCCCCUGGCCCUAAGGGUGACUCUGGUUUACCUGGCUAUCCAGGUAGUCCUGGCAUCAAAGGUUCUCCUGGCAAUGCAGGUUUGCCUGGUUUGUCUGGUAAUCCAGGUACAAAAGGCGAACCUGGCUCCCCUGGAUUCCCAGGGACACCAGGUAUUCCAGGACCAAAAGGUAUUGAUGGACCUCCAGGAAAUCCAGGUGUUCCAGGAUCAACUGGGGCUCCAGGGGAGCAUGGUCGACCUGGCCCUUCGGGCCUUCCAGGGGAGAAAGGGCAGCCCGGACGCGAUGGCAUUCCUGGACCAUCAGGACAGAAGGGCGACUCAGGUCAACCUGGUUUUGGGCGCCCCGGACCUCCAGGACUUCCAGGACUAUCAGGUCAAAAGGGUGACUUAGGCUUACCUGGACCUCCAGGGGCCCCAGGAUCACCUGGUUUGAAGGGAGAGACAGGUGGUGGGGGAUUGCCUGGCCAUCAAGGUCCACCAGGCCCUCCAGGACUCCCCGGGCCACCUUCAGAAGGACCUAAAGGUAGCCCUGGGCCACCAGGCAUAUCAGGGAGGCCAGGUCCACCUGGUCCAGAAGGUGCCCGCGGACCCCCCGGAACUGGAGGAGUUAGAGGUGAAAAAGGAAACCCUGGCCCGGGAGGUCAGCCCGGACUGCCCGGUUUGAAGGGAGAUCAAGGAAUACCUGGACGCUCGGGCGAGCCGGGUCGUCCAGGUCUGAAUGGCAUGAAAGGGGAUUCUGGCGUUCCAGGUGUUCCAGGAUUCCCAGGUAUGAAGGGGCCCCUUGGACCUCCAGGACCAGCUGGCCUUGCAGGAGACCGUGGACAUCCCGGCUCCCCAGGUCCUCCAGGGAUACCUGGCCCAGCUGGACAAACAAUUGUGGUUAAAGGUGACCAAGGAUUACGUGGUCCCCCAGGGCAGCCCGGAUUGAAAGGUGAUCACGGGCUGCCAGGCCCUCCAGGGUUGCAAGGUCCAAUCGGUCUUCCUGGUGAUACUGGACGAGAUGGACUUCCUGGUUUUGAAGGUCCAGGGGGGCGUAAAGGAGAGAGAGGACUUCCAGGUCAACCAGGUUCGCGGGGUUCACAGGGCCCCCCUGGUCCGGAUGGGUUGCAGGGCCCCCCUGGUCUACCUGGAUCUGGUUCAGUUGCUCAUGGGUUCCUUAUAACUCGCCACAGCCAGGCAACAGAAACGCCCUUCUGCCCGAAUGGAACCGUUCGGAUAUACGAUGGAUUUUCUCUUCUCUACGUCCAGGGGAACGAGAGAGCCCACGGGCAGGACUUGGGCACCGCUGGCAGCUGCCUCCGACGUUUCAGCACCAUGCCCUUCAUGUUCUGCAACAUCAACAACGUCUGCAAUUUUGCAUCUAGAAAUGACUAUUCCUAUUGGCUCUCCACUCCUGAGCCAAUGCCAAUGAGCAUGGAGCCAUUAACAGGGAGGAGCAUCGAACCCUUCAUUAGCCGCUGCACAGUCUGUGAAGCUCCUGCCAUGGUGAUAGCUGUUCACAGCCAGACCAUUCAAAUCCCAUCGUGCCCACAAGGCUGGUACUCGCUAUGGAUUGGUUACUCUUUCAUGAUGCACACCAGCGCCGGUGCAGAGGGAUCUGGGCAGGCGCUGGCUUCUCCUGGUUCCUGCCUUGAAGAAUUCCGCUCGGCUCCCUUCAUUGAGUGUCACGGCCGAGGGACCUGCAACUAUUAUGCCAAUUCAUACAGCUUCUGGCUGGCAACUGUGGAGAUGGCAGAAAUGUUUAGUAAACCUCAGCCAGAGACCCUCAAGGCUGGAGACCUGAGGACGCGUAUCAGUCGAUGCCAAGUAUGCCUGAAGAAGACGUAAUGGCUCAGAGGCACUUGUUAAAACAACUGAGAAAUCUUUUGGUGCACUGUCCUCCAGCUAUACAAUGGUGCUAUUGUGCAAAAGGAAAAAAAAAGAAGAAAAAAAGAGGAACUUUAAAGAAGAAGAGAAAAUCCAGACGAUGCAGUUUCCGGUGUACCUCUCCCUUCUCCUGCCAUCUUGAAAGCGGUCUUCUGGUGCAUUUUUUUUGUUAUUUUUUGAUCAAGGGAACUGACCUCUUGACCACUAUUGGAGACGCACGAGGGUCGCGAAGGGCCAGAAGGUUGACUUGCCCACUUCUACCCCGCGGGUUUGAGAGCGUGCUCUGAAAAGAUUGCCUGAGAGAAAAGAAGAAACCACAAGGCACUGUGAUGGUUUAAAUGAGGAGAGACUAUACAGUUCCAAUGCCAUGGUGCUACUAACCCCUACUGUAUCCCAAGUUUUUAAUAUGAAAUGUUUUAAGCUUAUUUUUCCCCCCUUUGUAAGUAAUGAAAUGUGUAUAUUGUGUAAA